ACUGUCAGAGAGAUGUCACUGUCAGAGAGAUGUCACUGUCAGAGAGAUGUAACUGUCAGAGAGCGGUCACUGUCAGAGAGAUGUCACAAGUUCAAAUUAGUGGGUGCCCAGGUGCUGAGACCCAGACCUAUCACUACAACAAAGGAGCAGAAGUUCUUGACUGAUCAGUGUCCAUGCGUCUUGUGCUGUACGGAUUCAUAGAGCGCCUAUCUUCUGCCCUCUAGUGAUCAUCCCUGACUCCUCCCCAGUAUAUAGCACAGAGGUGGCCCAUCGUCUUGAGUUGAAGAAGACUCCACCGUAGACUUUGGCAGUCCUCUUCAAUGUUCUCAGUUGACCCCAGUGCCCGGACUCCCUCAGUAACAGGAAACCAAAGAGGAGAAAGUUCAUGUGGAAAUGUUAAACACCACGGCCCUCCACCCGGACUACUUCCUCCUGAUGGGCGUCCCCGGUCUAGAGGAAUCCCACCUCCUGCUCUCCAUCCCAUUCUCUAUCAUGUAUAUCUUGGCUCUUACUGGAAACUCCAUGUUAAUCUUCAUCAUUGGAACCCAUAAGACUCUCCAGCAGCCCAUGUACCUGUUCCUGAUGAUGCUGGCCGCCUGUGACCUCCUCCUCAGCUCCACCACAGUACCCAAGACCCUCUGCAUCUUCUGGUUUAACUCUUACACAAUCUCCUUCACUGGUUGUAUUUUUCAAACAUUCUCCAUUCAUUUCAACUUUGGAACAGAGUCGGCCAUCUUGGUGAGCAUGGCCUAUGAUCGGUACUACGCCAUUUGCCACCCUUUAUCAUACUUGACCACCUUCACUGGGUCCUUCAUAAGGAUGAUGGUCAUUUUGGCCCUUCUUAGAAGCUUUGGUAUCAUAACUCCCAUCGUUUAUCUCCUACACAGAUUACCGUAUGAAGGCAGCAUUGUGAUAGAGCACACGUAUUGUGAGCACAUGUCCAUGGCUAGGCUCGCCACUGCCGAUAUACUGGUCAAUGUAGUGUAUGGACUCGUCAUAGCUGCUUGUUCUUCUGGUGUAGACCUGAUCCUCAUAAUCGUUUCAUAUGUUGUUAUUGUCCGGACAGUUCUCAGAAUUCGGUCCUCAGACGCUCGUGUCAAGGCCUUCAAUACCUGUGUGUCUCACGUCUGUGUCAUCACCCUCUUCUAUAUACCGGCCUUCUUCUCUUUUAUAGCCCAUAGAGUUGGCCAUAAAAACAUCUCCGCCCAGUUCCACAUCCUCUUUGCCAAUCUCUACGUCAUUGUCCCUCCAAUGAUGAACCCGAUCAUCUGCGGGGUGAAAACGAAAGAGAUCAGACAGCGGGUGGUGUCCAUGUUCUGUAAAGUGUCCUGGUGAUAUCAUUGUGUAGACUCAUUUUCAGGUCAAACCCAUAUUCCAGCUUCCUCGUCUUCAUCUACUAUUAUCCUAUGUUAUUGAUGAGAAUUGGUGACCGUCACAUGGAUGGAUGGAGGGUUAGAGUUCGUUCUGUG